AUGAAGUCGUACACAGAGUUCCGUGAGUGUAUAAGAGAUGGGAAUUGCUUGUACAUCUCUUAUGCAGUUGUGCUUGCCGAUCUUGUAACAUCGGAGGGAGAACCUCUUCUGAAAACCUUAACCAGUGCAUUUGCUAAGACAAACUCAAUGCUACAUCUGUAUAAUAUCGAUGAGCUGGGGUACAAGGGGUUUUAUGACUCAUUUGCCGACAUCUUGGCAGAUAUGGUUAAUGGCACUAAGAAGAUUGAAGAUGUUCCUCUAUACUCAUUGUACGACUGUGUUGCAUAUCUAAGACUUGUUGUUUCAACAGAAAUAAAGUCGAAUCCGGAGAAGUACCAGCCAUACAUCCCAGAGAUGGAUGUGGACAAAUACUGUACAAGAUUUGUAGAUCCUUUCUACCAGCAAGCCGGGUGUGUAGAGAUAUGUGCUCUUUCCAAUAGUAUACCAAUAAGAAUCCAUAUUGUGGACAUCACAAAAGAAAACGAGGAUGUAUACGGAGACCACACACAACACGUUUCGAUUUUUUACACUCAUGGGCACUUCGAGCCUAUAUAUCAGGAUAGGCGGGAGGAUAGUCGCCCAUAUUUUCCAGAUAAAAAGCUCGAUUCUCUUAGGGCCAAUGGGGGUGAAGCAUGCAAUAAAAAUCAAGAAGGUUGCCAACAUCUGGGACAGAAGAAAUCCAAGGGUGGAGAAGCCGAAGAAUAUACCGAGCAUCAAUGA